AUGAAGCCUGGGGACGUUAAAAUAGAGGUUUAUGGCCCACCAGGUUCUGACUAUAAUGUGAUCGAGGACUGCCUGACAGCGAAGCUGGAAGAAUUGCAGAUCAGGAAUAUAAACAUUGGUGAGGUAUCUAGCAUCUGCAACUUGGUUCUUCAGUCCAAAAAUUACUUAUCGAGAAUCAAACCCAAGAAGCUCAGGAAGAAAUCCUUGGGUGCAGACCGCGAUGCAUUCAAACUACUAAAUUUCAAAUUGGACUCAUAUGCUUCAGACAUGGUUGAAAGCUUCCUGAGCCAAUGCUCCGGUUUUGUGGAAGCUGAUUAUACAGUUUUCAAAGCCGCGGACCGGGCUUCUCAACAGACAUUAAUGAUAUUACUUCCUCUUUUACGACUACUCGAGGAAAAUAAGGACAAUGUUGCGCCACAGGCCAAUGAAUCGCCUUUUGGAUGGAUCCGAAAGCUCAAAUUCAAGUUUCUAGAAUGCCUGUUUCAACGUGAAGCUGGUAAACUGAGGAAGUUGCUGGAGCUAUCCUGGAAGAUUGCCAGAGAAGAUAGAUCUUUCUUGACAGAAACUACAAACCUGACGAGAAGAAUCUAUGAAAUGCUGCAGUCAAUUACACACAAAACAAUUGACUUUUCGAUCGAGGCUAUUUACUUGGAAAACACAACCUCAUUUGCGUCUACCCUCAAUCCUCUUCCAGCAACGGACUUUUUAACCCACAUAAUAGACAUUAUCGUCACGGAACAAAAGAUCACCUCGAGCCUUUCAUUGACAACGAGAGAAACUGCAAGAGUAACAAUCCUGAACCAGACCAUAUUUAGCCCAGGAGCUUUGGGGAAACUAGUACAUUCUCUGGCAAGGGAUUACCGCGUUACUUUGGAGCUCAAUCGAACCACGAUCAAACAUUUACAGGAGCUGGCAAAGCGUGGGGGACAGAGCGACGUUUUCCUUCAUGCCAUUGUUACGGGCAUUUACAGUGCGGCGGACCAAGCAAUAUCCCGACGAUGGGAGCUGCCUGCGCUCCAAAGGUUGAUCUGCUACCAUGAGGAAAUAUUUUGUCUACUUUUCCUUGAUUGUACUUUCAAAGCCAGGUUUGAAGCUUACUGGGAGGCUUAUUGUAAAGCAGAGAUGAGAGCGACAAAAAUGGCAUCUGGAAUCUCCAAGUUACUGAACGAGGAUUUCAAGCGUUCAAGACAUUCUAACUUCAGUAUCCAGCUGUGGACGCGAAUUUUGACCCGGAUGAUUGAGUUGUUUGGAUUAUCUGAUACCAUUGGGAACGCUUUUGUUAAUAACUGCAUUCUUCGUAGGGCAAUCAAAGAGGGCGACUCGUUUCUGAGAUAUAUCUUCGACCCUGCGUUGUGCGCCCCAGAACUCCAGGUGUGUGACACGCUCCUUUGCCAAAAUCUUUCAGGCAACGGCCGUUUACGAAGUGUGAAGCACUCACUCCAAAGAUCAGUGACAAUUCAGCAACAGCUGGAUAGCUUCCGACAUCUGGGGUUGAUAAUUCUUUCCGAAAAAGAUAUGGAGCUUUUCUACAAACCCAGCUCUGCGACACUUGUUAGACUACCGAAGAGUUUGCAAUCAGUGUGGAACACUGUUACUGAGAACUUUGUGGGAGGCCAAAACUCAGUCAUUUACAAAAAAAGACUAACGCUUAUUCCUAUGCUUAGUACCAUUGAAGUCGAAACGCCUUUUAUAUGCGCCAAUUCGAGGCCGUUGCGCCUUCAAUUGAAUCUAUUGCAAGCUACAGUACUUAUACAGUUCGACGAGCACAAUAGUCUGAGUUUUCACGAAGUGCAAGACCGAACUGAGAUCAAUACUUCACUUUUGAAGACAUCGUUGGAAUCCUUGGUGAAUACAGGCAUCCUGCUCCAAAAAAAUGCACAGUAUACAUUCAAUGAUGAUUUCGAGCCGGUAAGGUCCAAAAAUGACAGCAACAUAGUUAGAGUGGACUUUCAUGGACAUAAGCAUUGCUGA